CACAUCAAUCAUGCUUCGUUUGGCCGUCUUCUGUGUGAUCUCAUUUGCCGUUAUCAUUAGCUGCAUGGGACAAACUUUCCAAUAUUCCCGGGGCUGGACAAAUGGUAAGAGGUCAUCAUCUCAUAUGCAUGAAAAUCCAGCAAUUAGUGAAAUGUUCGAAGCACAAGAGUCUGAGAGGCAUUUGGAAAAAUGUAUUAUUCAAUUACAACGUUUGAUCCAUAAUCCAUACUUAAUCCGCCAAUCAUAUUCAUCCAACCCUAAUGAUGGCAUCCUUUUCUCAAACGGAAAUGAUGGCGUCAGCAACAAUAAUCGCCAUCAAUCAAAUGAAAUUUUCGAUAAUUCAGCUUCAGCAUCCGGUGAAUUCUUAACCAAGCAUUAUAAUUGAAGGAUUAUGGGAUAAAAGAACAACAACAACACCAACAUCAAUAGCAACAAUUGAAGUAACAACACCAUCCACCAUGAGGACUACAAGGACUAAGACCAACACAGCUCAAUCUAUUUAUCCAUCUUCUAAAUUUAAAUAAUAAAUCAAUCGCUUAUAGCCUGAUGGAGAACCGCACCAAGAGUAUAAUAAGCAUCUUGUAUAUUUAAUCUGUCAAUCAAUCAGAUAGAAAAUUUGUUUAAAAUUAUUCUGUUUUAAAAGGAUUUUAAGUUACAAAAAAUGUAAAUAAUUAAUAUUUGUUAAAAUGUUGGAAUAAGAAUAUUAAAACCAAAAUAAUAAAAUAACUUGACUGCUUGAACAAGAAAAGAAU